AUGGUUCCCGUGGAAGUUGGAGCAGGUUCCUUUCGAAGGGAUAACUGUGACCCUGAGAACAAUGAAGUCAACCACAUGCUCGAUCUAGACCUGAUUGAAGAAGUAAGGGAUACAGCUAAGUUGAGACUUGCUACAUAUCAACAGAGGACUCGUAAAUAUUUUGUUAAGGAUGGUUCUAGAAACUCAGAAAGAAAGUAUAGAGGUGUGCAGAGAGUAUCUUCAGGCAGGUGGAGUGCCAAAAUUGAAAAGAAAGGGAAAAGAAUUCACCUCGGUACCUAUGAUUCAGAUGUUCAGGCAGCCCUAUCAUAUGAUAGGAUGGCUAGGAGAUUACAUGGUGACUGUGCUAAACUUAACUUUCCUGACGCACAGCCUGUUAGAGGUUUGGCAAGUGGAUCUGCUUUAGCAAAUAUACCGGGUGAAAAACAUAUGCUGGAGGUUGGUAUUGAAGUACAAACUAGAGGAAGUCAAAUUGGAAGUUUUGGAUCAACUUCAACAAUCCUUGAUGAAACCUCUCAUCCUUCUCAAGUUAGGUUGCCAUUCGAAAUUUCAGAUUCUACACUGUUGGAUGCAAACACUGAUGCGAAACCACAGGAAAAUGUGCCCCUAAACGACUUCGGUGUUACUGAAGAAUUUUUUGAGAAGUUGUGGAGUUAA